AUGCCUCACGCUGAUCAAACAAUUGACAUCAUUGUGUAUGGUGCAACCGGUUAUACUGGCAAACUGGUUUGCACUUACUUCAAAACCCAAUAUUUAGAUCACAAUGGUUCUUCAGAUGAGACGCUCAAAAUCGGUAUAGGUGGUCGAUCGAAGGAAAAACUUGAGAAAGUGAAAUCUGAAUUAGAUUUACCUUCUUCUUUACCGACCUUUGUGGUCGAUUCAUUCGAUGCUGAUGGUUUAGUUAAUAUGUGUAAACAAACCAAAGCCGUUAUUACAUUGGUUGGACCAUAUGCAUUAUACGGUGAUGCACUAAUUUCAGCAUGUGCAGAAACUGGAACACAUUACUUUGAUUUGACAGGUGAACCAUUAUGGGUAUCAAACCAAAUCUCAAUUCUAAACAAAAAAGCUCGACAAACACAAUCGAUCAUAAUUCCAAGUUGUGGUUGGGAUUCAGUUCCAAGUGAUUUGAAUACAAUGAUUGCAUCCAAAGAAUUAAAAGAGAUCAUUGGACAAGAGAUGAGUGUUGGUAGAGUUACUUCUGGUGUUGAACUUAAAUCUGGUUCGGCUAGUUUUGGUACUACGGCUAGUUUAUUGGGUAUGUUUGAUGGUGGAAUUCCUGCAUUGAGAAAGGUUAUGGAUUGUUAUCUUUUGAGUCCAAUUGAGGGUAUUCAAAAGGGAACUGGAGAUUGGAUUACUCGUGAAGAUUCCCUUGUGGGUGGAUUCUUCGUCAUGGCUCCGCAUAAUGGAGCGAUUAUACGCAGAACAUGGGGUCUACUAGAAUCCGCAGAAGAAUACGUACCAAAUCAUACAAAAUAUGGACCUCAAUUUACUUACGAAGAAUAUUUAAUCACACCAGGAAUAAUUACAGCUUUUCUAUUAACUUUAGUUUGUAGAAUUCUUGUAAUCAUUUUUCUUCUUCCUCAAAUAAGAUAUUUAGUCAAAAGAGUUGGUCAUCAGAGUGGUGAAGGUCCUUCAGAAAAAGAAAGAGAAGCUGGUUGGUUUAAGUUGAUCACCAUUGCUCAUUCACCAGAUGAUGAUGUACAAGUUAGAGUGAAAAUGAGUGGAAAUAAAGACCCAUCUUCAGAUGUUGAUGAUGUGGGAUAUGGUUGGACAUCAAUGUGUAUUGCAGAAUGUGCAGUAACAGUCAUCAAAUCUUAUGACCAACUACCACCUCUUGCUAAAUCUGGAGGGAUUCUAACACCUGCUACUGGAAUGGGUGAUGCACUUCUUCGUCGACUUCUGUCGGGAAAAAUCAUUGAACUUGAAACUCAAGUUAUCAAGAAUGAAAAGAAAAAGAUAAAUUAG